ACAGCGGUGCGAGAAGGUCACCACACUCAGCACCAUGGUGCCGGACAAGUUUGAGGAGAGAACUCCCAAACCCAUCGACGAUACGGUUUCAUUUCAACGUUUUGAGGAAGAGAGCUGGUUUUUCCGGUCAUUGUACAAGGGGAAGUACGAGUCAGGUGAACUGGAGCGCCACCUGAAUAACCUGAUUGACGUCUUGGACAACCUCAAGCCAUUCGGGGUGGGGUACAACGCCCAGGAUAUAUGGAUUGCUACGUACCAAGACCCAGGAGAAGAGGAGGGGCUCUUCGAAUAUGUCAUAGAACUAGUGAAGUUACACAAAGAAGGCCAGGAAGAUGACACGUCAGGAAAAACUGAGGAAGGAGAAGACGAGACGGAUGACGCCCCAGACGAAAAGGUGGCUCUUCCGAAGCCGGAGGGCUGCAGCGAGUCUGUCUGUCCGACUGUCUACGUCACCAAAAACCAUAGCAACUUCAUGGAGCUGCUUCUGCCAGCACGUAGAUCCGUGUGUUACCGAGCGAAGCUCUGCGGAGACCCGUACCCCUUCGGCAGGCAGCUCAGCAUGCCUCUUGUGAAGUACUUCUACGGCGACAACAGCGACAACCAGACGAUCACUGACUUCGCCGUCCCAUUCUACAAGGCCAGAGUCUACUCUGAUGAGGAGGAAGAGAAGGGUCCGUGUGAUCGUGACUUUGAGAUAUGCUCAAGACUACCCGAGGAGUACGAGGGGAAGGAGUUACCAAAGCCAACUGGAGAAGGGGUGGCCACGUUUACAACAGAUGACGGCUUACACGUAUACGCUACUGCCGUGAAGGGUCCUUUCCUUGUGUCGGAAGAAACUCAGAAACUGAUGAAGACACUUGACAAGGAAAACGUCGAGUAUGAUAAGACCUGGGUUGGCUUCUUCUCAUACGACAGGCCUUUUGGCGACCCUCAGGAAAGGAUCACCUACUUUACGUUGGUCAAGCCAAGGCAAGUACAGCAAGAGGGUGAAGCUAGUGAGGCGAAGGACGAGGAGUAAGAUGGAGACAAGAAAACACAGCAGGAGAGAAGAAGAUUGAAAACCAAACCAACUCAAGUCACGGUUCAAGUCAUGAUGAAGAGCAAUCCAAGGGAAUGAUUUGAAAUGUUGUGAGCGGUUAGGAUCAUAGGAAAUGUAUGAAAUUACUUCUUAAACACUUAACUUGUUGAAGUACAAUAUAAACUAAGUACAUAAAGGUUAGACAUUCAUGUGAUACGAUACACCAAAUAGCAGUCAAACAACUGGAUAUGAUUUUGGGAGUGGUCAGACGUUUGUUUUUAUAGCUGCUUUUCUCAAGAUCUCCUCAGCUUGUGUCACUGACGAAAGAAAGUGAAUGCUAUCUGAAACCGACCAUUACCAACUACAGGCUAUGCUCUAGCAACAACGACAGUAGGUAGAUGCCCUUUUUGUGAGCCGUUUCAUUCAUAGAGUUUGAGAUUCAUUUAAAACAUUUGGUACUUGUAAUAUGAACAUCUACUUCAAUAACACGAGUGCAUAGGUGUACUUCAGAUGAAUGCAAAUAAAGAUGAAAC